AUGCCAUAUUAAAUCUUAAACUAGUAUAAGUUAAUUUAAUCAAGUUGUAAAUUUGAAUUAAAUACAAAUUCUAUGUCUAUUUUUGGAUCAUGGUAUUGUAAAGAAGGAGAUUAUGAUUAAUGGAAUAUUAUUAAAUAUGUUCAAAUUAGAAAUUAAUUAAUCCACCAAAAUUUAAUUGCGUUGACGAAUAUUAUGAUGAAAAGUAAUUCGUAUCUCAUAAUUUAUGUUGAUUAAAUAAGUCUGCGCUUCUCAGAGUAAAAGACUAAAAUUAAAGUAUAAUAUCAUACAUUAAAUUAGAUAAGCUCAAACUGUUUAAGUUGUAAACCAGAAAAGUUGAAAUAAAAUGUAUAUGUUGAUGGAUAUAAUGAAAUGGGAUCAACAUUUUUUGAAUGUAUUUAAUAAAAUUAAAUUAUUUAGAAUAUAUUUCAAAUUGGCUUCUUAGAAUUAUGAAACUUGUAAUUGUACUAGAAUUUUAGUCGCUUUAUUUAUCUGUAUACCUUCAACAACAGUUAUUAAAAGCUAUUUAUCUAAGGAUAUUAGUAAGAUUAUAUUUCAUUUUCAUUCUUAUUUUCAUUUUCUGUUGA